UUGAGAGGAGAAACUGGCUGAUUCACCUGCACUAUGUCAGAAGAGAGUUUGAGACCUGUAAGGUGUUAAUACGAGAGCAAAUGGCUGAGACUGGGGGCAUGUGUGAAUAUGCCGUCUAUGUACAAGCUCUGAUUUUACGACAAGAAGGAAAGAUUCAGGAAUCGUUGGAGUUGUUCCAGACAUGUGCUCUGCUAAAUUCACAAAACUGUGAUAACUUGAAACAAGUGGCCAGGUCACUGUUUUUAUUGGGACGACACAAAGCAGCUGUAGACGUCUUUAAUGAAGCAGCUAAACUCAAUGCUAAAGAUUGGGAGAUUUCGCACAACCAGGGUGUCUGUUACAUCUACCUGAAGGAUUUUGCAAAAGCUAAAGAAUGUUUGAAACUCGCCUUACAAACUAAUCGCCAUGAAGUCACCUUUAAAAUGCUGGCCAAAGUCUACCUGAUAGAGAAUGAUGUGAACAUGGCUGUGGAUGUGUACAGGAGAGCUGUGGAGUUCUCUCCAGAAAACCCAGAGCUGUUGACUACCCUGGGGCUUCUCUAUCUACAGAUCGGUCAAUUCCAGAAGGCUUUUGAGAACCUCGGUAAUGCCAUGACCUAUGAUCCCUCCAAUACCAAGGCGAUCAUGGCCGCCGGAAGCAUGAUGCAGAGUCACAAUGAUUUUGAUGUGGCAUUGACCAAAUACAGAAUAGCAGCCGUGGACACGCCCGAAAGCGCUUCACUCUGGAACAACAUCGGCAUGUGUUUCUUUGGCAAGAAGAAGUAUGUAGCGGCCAUCAGCUGUCUGAAGAGAGCAAACUACCUGGCACCAUUUGACUGGAAGAUCCUUUACAACCUGGGCCUGGUUCACCUGACCAUGCAGCAGUACGCUUCAGCCUUCCACUUCCUCAGUGCGGCCAUAAACCUCAAGCCAAAGAUGGCUCAACUCUUCAUGCUGCUCGGAGUUGCCCUGACCCAUUUAGAUGACCCUGACAAUGCAAAACAAGCUUAUGAGCAGGCUCUGACAUAUGAUGGGUCAGAUCCUUCCCUUAGUCUGAACUAUGCUGUCUUCUUGUACAAUCAAGGAGAAAGGAAAAUGGCGGCGAAACAGUUCUCAAGCUUUGAUCAGAAAAUGAAGGCUUACAAAGUAGCACAUCCUAAUGACGUGGACCAAGAGCUGAUGGAGGUUGCUGCAAAGCUUGGCCCAGCAUUACAGGUAGGAGAAAGUUUCGUAUGGAAGAAUCCGUCUACCUCCUCUGCCACAUCUGCGACCUCUGCCACAUCGGCGACCUCUAAACCUGAUGUAAACUCACCAUCUUAUCCAUUGGAACCUUCUGCCCCUGCCCCAGACAUUCUGCCACCCUCAGCACCCACUUUGGCUCUUCAGAGGAAAGCCAUUCUUUCUGAAAAAGCAGAGACAUCCUCAGACCCAUCACUGAAGCCACUGCCCUCCAAACUCCUGCCAUCCGCUACAGAUUUACCUCCAUUAAAGGGAAAGUUGUCUAGCUUAGACAAUGCUCCAUUACCUCCAACCCAUAAUCCUGAUGAUGACCAGCCAGAGAAGCGGAGAAGUAAGAAGGAAAAGAUGAAAGCAGAGGCCGAGUUUGCCCUGUGAUUUUGUUUAUUAUUGUUAUGUGGCUUGUGAUUAAAGAGUGCAAGGUGUCACAAUACACCUGUUCCUCUUUGUACAUGACUGCUGAGUUCACAAGAGAAUUCCUGUGUAUUUUAGAUCAUGUGGACGUCUUUUUGCAUUGGUUUUGUUAAGAAUACUUGUCUCAUUUCAAUAAAAAAAUUAAAAAAAACAGGAGCAGCAAUUUCUGUUGCAUAUUCCGACAAAUAAGAAUUCAUGUUAUGCCCAGCACGCAUAUCCACUACCGUAUAUGUAUCUUGUUUUUGUCUUAAAUCUGUUACUGUUAUAGAUGUGGUAAAGAGAUGUCUCUUUAUUCGAUUCCGGACAUCUCUUCUGUAGUUAUUUGGUACUCAAGCACUUGGGAGGUGUGGAGCUUCCUUGGAUGAUAGCUGCACACAACAGUCCUCAGAUAUAGAAUCUCGUGAAAGCCAGGGCUUUUUUUUCUUUGUAUCUGUGUUGUUAUGGGAAAAAGUGUCUGAAGCUGGAGUAAUAUUUGAGAGAAGGGUUUCGACAACAGAGAACAAGAGUGUAAGUGUUUUACUGCACUCUCUUUGCAAAAGAGAAAUUAUAAAUAGUGAUUUUCAUGUAAUUUUCAUGUAUUUCUUUCAGACAAUGCCUAGUAUUUCUCAUUAACAUCAAAUUUUUCUCCAUUAAUCACUUGCAAUGCUGCAAUUGACCUACAGUUCUUCUGGCCAGAACAUUUCGACCAAAUACAAAUACUUCAUGGAUGCUUUGGCAAUGCAUCAUUAUUCUUGUCAUAUUUCACCUUGUAAAAUGUGAUUUAUUAAAUAACCAGAUACAGUACUUCAAACAAACAUAUCGGGGGGCCUCUGUGGCUCAGUUCGUUAGCGUGCUAGCGCAGCGUAAUGACACAGGAUUCUCUCACCAAUGCGGUCAUUGUGAGUCCAGCUCAUGCUGGCUUUCUCUCCGGCCAUACAUGGGAAGGUCUGCCAGCAACCUGCGGAUGGUCGUGGGUUUUCCCCGGGCUCUGCCCGGUUUCCUCCCACCAUAAUGCUGGCCGCCGUCGUAUGAGUGAAAUAUUCUUGAGUACUGCAUAAAACACAAAUAAAUAAAUAAAUAAAUCAAACAAACAUCUAUUUUGGUUGAAAAACUGUUCAUUUUGUCAAGGAAAAGGGUGGUUUUGGGAAGUGUUUAGAAAUGAAUAGGGUCAUUUUACACUCAUGAACGUUGUAAUAAAUUAAUGAACAGCUGAUUUUGAAACCUAAGAGUGUUGUGUGUUCAUGUAGGCUUUGAAACUACAAAAAUGUGAUUUCUAGAAUAUUGACCUACAUGUAUAUAAUAAUGAUACACUUGUGUAUUCAACUAGAAGUGAUGUUAAGGAGUCAGUAUUGCUGGGCAAAAGUGUGUUCAAUCAGAAAACAAAUGUUUACAGUACAGAAAUGUGCCUCUGAAUGCCAUCAAUAUUUUUGAGUGCUAGUACCAUAAUCUGGAAGUGAACCCACGAUAUGGUGUACAAGUUAUUUGCAUGCAGUGAAUCGUUUGAAGUAGCAUCAUGAGCAAGACGUACCCUUCACAUUGAUUGUUCAGUUACAAGGGUUGAUAUUGUGUAAAAGUGUGUUGUUUUUGUUUUCAAGACCUACUGUAUUAGACCAAAAAGUUAAUUCUUGACAGGCAUGAGAUUUAAUGAUCUUGGAACGGUUCUGGAAGUUAGGAUGACAUCCCACUGGGAAAAAGAGUGUUGAGUUUCGGUAACAAAAGUAAUACAUUAAUAUUUGUCUCUUAAGGUAAAUUUUUAGGGAUAGUGAAUAUAUAUGAAGUGAUAAGACUUCCUGUAUUAUGUAUGUUGUCAUAAAGUGCUAUAUCCCCCAGGGAUAGUGAUACAUCCGUCCUAAAACAAAUCUCGUCCAGACUUGUAAUAAAUGUUUAUGGCUACACUUC